AUGACAAUCUUAGAUAACUUCACUUUAGAAUUUAUAGCAACCAAUCCAAGAAGGAGAGAAAUAAUUGAAAGACAAACAACAUUAGUUAAAAGAAUAACCAAAGUAUUAAAUGUUAUAAAAAAAGAACCAAAAGCUGCUAUAUUUUUAAAUAAAGUAACAGAAAAAGAAGCACAUAGUUAUUUUUCAAUAAUAAAGUUUCCAAUGGAUUUAGGAACUGUUUCAAAGAAAGUGCAUCUAUAUAGAAACAUUAGUGAAUUUAAAAGUGAUCUUGAUCUUAUAUGGAAUAACUGUUUAAAAUAUAAUGUAACAGGUGAAUAUUAUAGAGAUUGUGCAUAUUCAUGUAAAGAAUUAGCAGACUCUUUAUUGAGUGGAAGACAAAAAGUAUAUUUUAACAAUUUAGAAUCAAUAAAUCAAGAAGGUAUACCAUUUAGGAAUAUAAUUGGUUUAGAACAGCAUAUAGCCGAAUAUUUUCAUAGAGUAGGAUUUGAUGAAAUGACAAAAGAAACAUUAGAAAUAUUAACUAGUGCACUGGAAUACUACUUAUCUACUCAUUCAAACAAAUUUAAAUAA